UACACUCACGCACACAGCGAGGUGACGCGUGUCCAUCACACACGCGUGUAAUGUGGUGGAAUAAUCUCUGCUAAACGCAUCUGGAUUCGUCUGAAAUCCACCAUCUCGAAACUUUUUCCGAAUUGAACGCCUGCGCAGCCACCUCCCUCUCUAGGUUUGUGUGAUUCUUUGUGUGUGCACGCUUAUGCGUGCACGCAUAUGUGUGUGUGUCCGCCAUGGAGGCCACCGGUCUACAACGAGGCAGCUGCGACGCUGCAACCGUGCACGUCAAAAGGGAGGAGGGAGAUGAAAAGCAAUUUGCGCUGGUUUUUGGCAGCCAAGGCUCGCCUGCGCCCUGCAGCGACCCUGCAUGUGGAGGAGGAGGAAGAGGAGCGCCGGAUCACACUGCAGAGGAGAUGGGGGUGCUAUCGGCGCGCCACGCAGCUAUCACCGCAACUACUGAUGCACAACUGUCCUCGGUGAUGCCAUCUGCUCCUCCUCUCGGUUCCGAUUUCUCCUCCAAGGCUGUUUUGUGUCUGAUUGAUGCGGUCGGCCGCCGCUGGGGCCUGUAUGAAACCCGGGAGCGUUCACAGCUCUUCCAGAGCGUCCAGGAGGAGUUGGCCGCCAAGGGGCACUUCCUUCCUGUUGAAAGGAUUCGCCGCAAGUGGAACAACCUGAUUGUCACGUACAAAAGGGUCAAAGAUCGCAGUCGAGAGACGGGACACGCCAAAACAUCCUGGGAGUUCUUUGAUCUGAUGGAUGCCACACUCUGUGACACUGUGGGUUCUUACAACAGCAGCAGCAAACGCGGCAAAGGCAGUGGAGCUAUCAUCACACAAGCCUCGGCAAAAGUCGCACCAAGAUUACACGUUCCGCCGCCCACCACUGUCGUCCGUCCUAAUGGGAACUUCCCCACGUCGCUUCAAGUGGAAUCAGGGGUCAAGGGUCAGGCUGCUGUCAGCAGUAGUAGCACUGGUGUCAUUGCAUCAAUGUCAGCUGUUCGCCAAACAGAAAGUCCGGACCUCAAACCCCUGAUAGUCCUUAACAGGGACAUUGUAACAUCCAACCUUCAUCUGGCCUCCACUGAUCCAACACAAUCAUUUAUCUCCUCACCUUGUUUUACACAAACCGCCUCCCCUUCUCUUGUGUCCACCGUCAACACAGACCUGAACGCAUCCCGCAACGCUCUGUCCUUCCCAACAGAUGUCAUAUGCUUCCGCCGUAGCAACAACCAAAACCUCGCUUCCAAUUUCCCCUCCACAUGCUCCUCUCUCACAUCCUCUGUUUCCACGUCAGCCAUAUCAGGACUUGACGGCCACAUGGGAAACGAGCAGCACGGCUCCUCUUUCUACCAGGAGAUAUUAAAGCAUAGGGAGGAGCAGAUUGACCUGGAUGGUGUAGCUCGUGGCCGGAUGGAAGCCAGAGAAAGGCGACGUGAGAGGAGGGAGGUGCGGAUGGGAAAGUCCCUGUGCAGGAUCGCUACAGCCCUGGAACUGCUCUCCUCCAAACAGGACACAGUCAUCGCCCUACUACAGAGGCUGGCUGAUAGAAAGUGAAGAAAGAAGGGCUCAUGCUAAAUGUUGAAACUAGUUAGCCAUGAAAGUUCUUUCUGCUCACUCUUUUUUUAUUCCCUAUCUCUCAACAAGAUUUACACGUGACCACAGGGGUUAGCCAUCCAUUAAUCGAUGUGAUAUUGUAUAGUUUAAGUGAUGUUUGCUGAACACAAAUACAAAUACACAUUUUCCCACAUUUGGUUGGGAGAUUUUGUUAUAGUCCAAUGAAACAUGGCUGUUUUUCUUCAGCUAGAACAGGGGCCUUAGACAAGGUGGAGGGCAUUAUGAACAGUACACAAUAGCCGUCAGCGUUAGCGCGAACCCUUCAUGGUUUUGCUAGAAAGCAAAUAUGUCAGGAAAAGACAACUAGAACAUCUUAAUUGUAUUUCUGGUUAGUCAGAGGCACUUUAAAUGAUGACAGGUGUGUAAUGGUGACAGGUGUGUGCUGACAUCGGUUUGAAUGUGUUUGGUUAAUUCUGAAAACAACCACAUCCCCGGUUAUGAGGGUGUGCACACUUGUGCAACUACAUUUCAAUUGUUUAUCUUUAUAAAUAUUUAUAUCUUCUCUCUCG